AUGGCCGACGAACACCCACCCCAGAAUGUCGGCGGCGACUCCACCGCGGACAACGAUGAGGAGGACUUCCGCAAGAUCAUGCAACAGAUGUCGCGGGGCGCUGCUGAAGGCGAGGAGGAUCUCCUGGGUGGUAUCGCGGACCGGCCGCUGGAUAUUGGCGAGAAGGCCGACGACGCAGUCGAUUACGAAGACAUCAGCGAUGACGACUUGCCGGACGAGGAGUUCGCGUCGGGCGAGGGCGCCGAUAGCACCCAGAACUUCAGCGGAACUACUCUACAGGAUUCUGGCGGCGCAGGUGACAACGAAGACGUCGACAUGGACGACCUCUUCGGCGACGACCACGACGAUAACGAUGAUCUCUUCGGCGACGAUCCCAGCCACUCCGACCCGGUGCAAGAGUCCGCGCGACACGAAGACGACCCUCUCACCUCCAUCGAAGACCUUGUCCAGGAAGGCUUCAGUAGUGUCGCAGAGGAUAAGCCACAGUCUGCCACCCGCAACAUCGCCACCAGUGUCGCACAGCAAGAGGUGGAAGAGGAAGACCCCGAGGUGCGAGAGCAGCUGGCUCUGUUCGCACAGUCUUCGCGCAAGAAGGAUGAGCCGGCGGCUGCACCCGUAAAGACAUCGCGGGAGGAGUUCGAGAAGAUCUGGCCCAACUUUGAGGCGGACAAGCCGCCACGCUUCUUCAGUCUGGUACCUCGAAAGCGCGCUUUCUAUAUCCCCAAAGUUCCGCAAAAGACACCGAGACCAUUCCAAACCAACAAGCUUACCUUGGACCUUGCGACGGACCAAGAAAAAAGCUUCCGGUUGCAUCCUACGACCACCACUGCCAAGUCAGGCCGGCAGCAAGAAGAGGAGCAGGGUGGUCUCAUCCACAUUACCAAUACCGCCGACGAAGAUGGCGAUAGCGAAGAUCAGUUAGAGUUGGACAACCUCGACACCAUCGACGACCGUGAGAUGAUCGGCAAUGUAUCCUGGAGCGACCUACGGAUUGCCUGUGAGGAUUGGGACGUGCCAGAUGGUGCAAGCGAUUUGACCAUGUCCGACGGGAACCAAGCACCAACGCCGCCUGAUAGCAUGGGGGGCAUUGACUUCGAGCAGUUAUCGCCGAACAAGAAGCGGAAGCUUGGAAGCCGUGAGCAGCCCAUCCAAUUCUCCGUAUACGAUCACAUGGACCUACCCACCUGGGACGAUCCCGAGCUUGAGACGGCGCGACUGUCCAAGAAGAUUCUUCUCGACAUGAACGACCCCCAUCUCCUACUGGAUGUGCAGCAGCCCAGUGCAGAGCCACCGAAACCUCGGACAUUGGGUGUAGGCCUCAAGCGCGACAGCCGCGGAAGUCUUGCGAACCCCAUGUUCAAGCGCUACAACAUCUCCAACGAUGAGGCCUACGACGCGCUCAAGGAAAGCAGCCAACAGAAGGUCCGUAGUACGAUUGGCCACAUGAACGUUGAGCACAGCUUGCCCGCACUGAAGCUGCAAUAUCCUUUCUACAAGGUUGCGCUGUCCGACCGCGAACUCCGGUCUUUCCACCGUCCUACUGUCACGUUCAAGCCCGGUGAGCGAGCUAGUAUCUCAGUCCUCAAAUCUGUCAAAAGGAAGCACAAGAAAAACCUCAAGCCAUCCGAAGCUUUCGCGUCAGCAGAAGACCUCAACAUUGGCGAUAAUUCUGACCUCCUCCUUGCCGAGUACUCGGAGGAAUACCCUACCACGUUGUCCAACUUCGGUAUGGGUGUCAAGAUUCUCAACUACUACCGUCGGAAGGACAUGGAAGAUACUGCGCGACCAAAACCGGAAGAUGGUAUUGGUGAGACCUCGGUGUUGCUACCGCAAGACAAGAGCCCAUUCUCGCUGUUCGGUCAGGUUGAGCCCGGCCAGCAAGUGUUGACGCUUCACAAUGCCAUGUACCGAGCUCCCGUGUUCAAACAUAAGCCCGAACAGACCGAUUUCCUUGUGAGCAGAAGCUUCACUGGUGUUAAUGGCCCCAAGUACUACAUGCGAAACAUUCCAAAUCUCAUGGUCGUCGGUCAGCAGUUUCCUUCUGUGGAAGUGCCCGGUACACAUGCCCGCAAGGUUACUGAAGCCUCGAAGAAGCGAUUGAAGAUGCUCGCGUUCCGCUUGUAUCGAAAGGGACAGCAGAAGAAUGCGCGUCAACCUUGGGUCAGCAACGAGAUGAUCAAGCAGCAUUUGCCUGGUACCGAGAUUGCGCAGAAUCGCUCUCGAAUGCGAGAAAUCAUGAAGUACCAGAAGGACAUUGGAACUUGGGAGCCGGUGCCUGGAGAGACUGUUCCCGAAGAGCCGAUUCUACGCACUUGGAUCAAGCCAGAAGAUGUUUGUCUGAUCGACUCGAUGCAUGCUGGUGAUAAACAGCUGCAGGACGCCGGCAUCAAGUCGAACGAGAUCCGUGACGACGAUGAAGAGGCUGACAACGAGAACGCUGACGUCAAACUCGCGCCAUGGAACACAACAAAGAACUUCCUCAACGCUUGCGCUGGCAAGGCUAUGUUGGAGCUUCAUGGUGACGGUGAUCCUACCGGUCAAGGUCUGGGUUUCAGUUUCAUCAAGGUUUCGAUGAAGGGUGGUUUCAGAGAUGUUGGUGAGAGUGCAGCUGAUCGUCUCGAUAACAAGAAGAUGAAGGAGCUUGGUGGCCACAGCUACAAUGUCCAGCGUCAACAGGUCAUGUACGAGAACGCCAUCAAGCGCAUCUGGAACAAGCAGAAGGAGAGUCUAUCUGCUCAGAACCCGCCCUCCGACACCGAAGACGAUGUGGACUCUGCUGUAAACCACAACAACACAGGUCGCCAGCGUUCCGAAGUCGGCACCCCGGCCGUACGUCCUGAUGAUGAGACCAUGUCACAAAUGUCUCGCAAUAGCAAUGCGGACAACAGCGGCAAGAAGCUCAAGAUCACUCGCACUAUCAAGAACAAGUACGAUGAGUACGAGGAUGUCACAGAGGUCAUCACCGACCCCGCCGUUAUCCAGCUCUACAUCAAACACAAGCGACAGCAGCGUCUUCUCAACAUGCGCAUCGAGGACAUCAAACCAACUGGCGAUCCUGAAGUGGACAGGGCCCAACAGUUGAAGUUGAAGGCAGAGUUAGCACGUCUAGCUCGCAACAUUGAACGCCGUGAAGGUCGUGAAAAGGCAAAGGGUAUGCACAAGUCGCAGACCGGAGAAGGUGGUGCGACUGGUGGACCAGGCAAGGGCGGAGCAACACCUCGCAAGUGCGCUAACUGCGGCGAGGUGGGUCAUAUCAAGACCAACAAGAAGCUCUGCCCGCUCCUCAACGGCCAACGGAAGCAGAACGACACAUUCAGGGACGCAAGUGCUGCAUCUCCCGCCACCGUCGUUCCUGCUACUCCAUCCUUCGCCGGCUCACCGUCCUAG